AUGUCUCGAGCAGUGGGAUGGGUUUCGUCGCCCUCGGAUAUCACGAAGGCGGCAUUACAAAAGGCGGACCAAAGUUCAUUUUUCAUCCUAAGAACUCAUGGCCCAACCUCUUUCACUUUGAAAGACGGCUCAUCUGUACGAGAGCAGCAAGCUGACGGAAACGGUGGUUCAAGCGCGAAGCGAGUCUAUAAAGUCACUCUUGGCGCAAUUCAUAGUUGCAGUUGUAUAGCUUUCAAGCGCGAGCGCACUAUCUGCAAGCAUAUUUGUUGGGUGCUGCUGAAGCGCUUUCGAAUGGCUAAAUCAAAUCCACUGAUCUGGCAAGGAGGGUUUGUCCCCCGCGAAUUCGAUGAGCUUCUCCGCGGGGAUCAUGCUCGAAAAGAAACGAAGCCGGUGGAGCAAUCUGGCGAUUCUGAACAACCAUCUGAAAGUGGCCCUACUCCUGGGAGAGCACUCAAUGCUGACGAUGUUUGCCCUAUUUGCCAAGAAGAGCUUCUUGAAGUCCGCAUGCCUAUCACUUGGUGUCGAUGCUGCAAUAACGCUGCUCAUAUUCGGUGUAUGAAGGUCUGGGCAGAGCAUCAAGACACAAUGCAACGCGGCGAUGGUGGUGACAUUCAAUGCCCUUAUUGCAGGCAAACAUUUGCACCAAAAGAGCAGCUACGACGUGAAUUCACCAACACUUGGGAGAGGAAAAAGCACAAGGAUGUCAUUCAUAGCGGCAGCGUUUGUGCCGAUUGUUCGAUGACGCCGAUAAAGGGAAAACUCUACAUAGGAAUCGGAGAUGCUGUGAAUUUAUGCGGUCAAUGCUAUCGUAAUGGAGCAAGGCCACAUGUUCGAUUCAAUGUCCGUGAGCGACCGGGACAGAGUCUAAAACCAGCAAAACGAAACUUGGCGAAUCACCAACUAACGCUUGAGCUCCAAGGCCGCGAAAUCCAAGAAGAAGACUACGAACGACUCCUUGAGCUAGACCGACCCGCUUCUCCUGAUAGACCUGGGGUUCCAGAUCAUGUUUUGAACUUACUGCCUUGCCACAAAGUGGGUGCUAAUCAGCGGCUACUCAAAGAUGGUAUGCAGUGCCGAAUAUGUUUACAAGCGUUCGACCCGGCGCAUUAUGUCAAACGAUUGGACUCUUGUAGUCACUACUUUCACCGUGAUUGUAUCGAUACUUGGUGUCAAAAUCAUACAGAGUGUCCAAUUGAUGGCAAGAAGAUCAGACUACGACAAAAGAAGCCCAGAAGAACAAAAACCAAUAUCGACAUUCUUGAGACCCGACAACGCUCUGCCUUCGCUCCACGUCGGCCAGCUGCUAAGCUUUUGGAACGACGAAGAAAAUCAGAAGCAAACUUGAUCUCGCCAAACAUGUCGGAUCUGCUCGUUACAACACCUAUUCGUGUCGCUGGAUCCUCUUCGCAGUUGCCAAUUACCGACGAUAUCGAGGAAAUCAACCCGAUUCCCUUGAUAAAUUUCCGUGUUCGCAAUAUGCGACUUUAA